GAGGUACCCUCAGACAGCUCUCUCUCUCUCUCUCUUUCUCUCUCUCUGUGCUUUUUCACAAAAAAGACUGAAGUGGGGCUGAAACUGAAACAGGGCAAGUACUCGUAAAAGGAGUGCAGCCUCUUGCUCUCCUUCAUUCUCACAGUUUCCUGUUUAAGGAGGCCAUUUUGUAACUCAGCCUGGAGAAGAGGCACAACAAAGUUUGGCAUUGUUUUUGUUUUCUCUCUCCCACGGCCGGGGAGUUUCUCAAUCGAGUUUGGACUUUCUCCCCUGCAGAGCAACUUCUUUGGAAGGCAGAGGUGAAGGAGGGAAGAAGGUGGAGGAGGGCAAAGCAGCACGAGAGAAGUUUUCUCCCACUCAGUGUGUCUUUCUUUUAUGAGCCUCUCACAAACAUUGCUCAUGCUUGUCAUGCCGAGACAAUAACAGGAGUCUGAAGACGACAGAGCACAAAAGAAGUGGCAGGAGGGAAGACAAAAACACAACUUCCUGGAUAAGGAUUUCUUCCUUGAUCCACUGGGAGGGGGUGGACACAGGACACAGAGGAACCGGGAUUCUCUGCUCAGUGUAUGUGUGUCCAUGUGUCAGUGUGUGGACCCCUAUCUCCUCCGCUGAGACAGUUUGAAUGAGUGUGGGUUUUCUGACAACUCUAGACUGCACUUGGGUGUGUGUUUCUGAGCGUGUAUGUUGAGAGCUUCAGGCAGCUAACAGACAGAACUCUGAAUGGCUAAUGCUAGCCCUUGCAUGUCUUCAGGGGCCAUGGCCCAGGUUUUCUUUCCUCCCGGGGGCUCCUCGCCACCAGGCUCGGCUGUGAUACAGCAGGGGACCCCCAUAUCCAUGCCCUCUAUGCCCACUCAGGGUGGUUUUCCCAUGAUGGACCUGACACCAGUGCAGGGUCCAGGUGGGGUUGUGAUACCCUCACUGCCUCCCACUCCAGCCGGGGUGUCCUUCAUCAUCCAGAUUGGCCUAACUAGAGAAUCUGUCCUGAUGCCCCAGAGUGCGGACCUGGCCUAUGUGAAACAGAUGGCCUGCUCCAUUGUUGACACCAAGUUCCCAGAGUGUGGCUUCUACGGCAUUUAUGACAAGAUUUUGCUGUUCAAGCAUGACACGACCACCAACAACAUCCUGCAGCUGGUUAAAAGUGCCAGUGACAUCCAGGAGGGAGAUCUAGUGGAGGUGGUGCUCUCUGCGGCAGCCACUUUUGAAGAUUUCCAAAUUCGGCCCCACGCACUGAACGUGCACUCAUACCGGGCCCCGGCCUUCUGUGAUCACUGUGGAGAGAUGCUGUUCGGACUAGUCAGACAAGGGCUCAAGUGUGACGGAUGUGGGCUAAACUACCACAAGCGCUGUGCAUUCAGCAUCCCAAACAACUGCAGUGGAGCUAGAAAACGCCGUCUGUCCACCACCUCCCUAAGCAGCAGCCAGUCACUGCGUCUCUCCACCACUGAGUCUCUGUACAGUGCAGGGACGGCCUCCACCUGUGCAGAGGACGUCAGCCUCAUCCGCUCACACACACAAAUGCCACGAACCCCUAGUGAUGCUCGUCGCUUCUACACGGGCCGACCAGUUCAUUUGGACAAGAUCCUGAUGAGCAAGGUGAAGGUGCCCCACACGUUCGCUGUCCACUCCUACACACGACCGACGGUGUGCCAGUACUGCAAGAGGCUUCUUCGGGGACUGUUCAGGCAGGGCCUACAGUGCAAAGACUGCAAGUUUAACUGCCAUAAACGCUGUGCGUAUAAGGUUCCUAAUGACUGCCUUGGGGAGACCAUUGGAGACAACAGAAGUAACUGCGACAUGUUGAGUCCCAGUGCUGACCCUGAGGUGCCCAUGGACUACAGCAGUGAGUACGAUGCCUCAGACAAGUCUUCGAUAGACGACUCGGACGAGGCCUGCAGCAUCCCUGGGUCCUUUUCUCCUGAAAACAACCAAGAUGGAACCAGCGGAGACCAGAGUGUUUACAUCCCGUUAAUGAGGGUGGUGCAGUCGGUGAGACAGACAACCCGUCGAUCCAGUACGGCUAUUAAGGAAGGAUGGAUGGUUCACUACAGCAAUAAGGACACACUGAGAAAGAGGCACUACUGGCGUCUAGACUGUAAGUGCAUCAUCCUUUUCCAGAACAACACUUCCAACAAAUACUACAAGGAGAUCCCUCUAUCCGAGAUCCUGGAGGUGCGCCAAGCUGGCAACUUCACUCUGGUCCCCCCAGGCACAAAUCCUCACUGCUUCGAGCUCAUCACAGGGAAUAUGUGCUACUUCGUAGGCGAGGACCCCAACACCCUCCCCCCUCUGUCCCCCACCAACCCCCAAACUCACCCUCAGACUCCUCCCUCCCCCAGCCAAGUAGCUCCCAACAGCGGUAUUGGGCGUGAGGUGGCAAAAGCGUGGGAGAGCGCCAUUCGCCAGGCCCUCAUGCCAGUCAUCUUUCAGGACGCACCCCCAGCUGAGGGUAACACAACUCACAGACAAGCUUCUAUCAGCAUAUCUGUGUCCAACAGUCAAAUCCAAGAGAACGUGGAUAUUGGUACAGUGUACCAGAUUUUUGCUGAUGAAGUGUUGGGAUCUGGACAAUUUGGAGUGGUGUACGGAGGAAAGCACAGGAAGACGGGGAGAGAUGUCGCUGUCAAAGUCAUUGACAAGCUUCGUUUUCCCACUAAGCAGGAGAGCCAGCUGAGGAACGAGGUGGCCAUACUGCAGAGUUUACGUCACCUGGGCAUUGUGAACCUGGAGUGCAUGUUUGAGACCCCGGAGAAAGUGUUUGUGGUGAUGGAGAAGCUACAUGGUGACAUGCUGGAGAUGAUCCUCUCCAGUGAGAAAGGCAGGCUGCCUGAGAGGCUUACUAAGUUCCUCAUCACACAGAUCCUUGCAGCUCUGAGGCAUCUACACUUUAAGAACAUCGUUCACUGUGAUCUGAAACCUGAGAAUGUGCUGCUUGCCUCUGCUGAUCCCUUUCCCCAGGUGAAGUUGUGUGAUUUUGGUUUUGCCCGUAUCAUUGGUGAGAAGUCUUUCCGCCGUUCGGUGGUCGGCACCCCGGCCUACCUGGCCCCGGAGGUUCUGCUGAACCAGGGCUACAACCGCUCACUGGACAUGUGGUCUGUCGGCGUCAUUAUGUAUGUCAGCCUGAGUGGGACAUUCCCCUUUAAUGAGGAUGAAGAUAUUAAUGACCAGAUCCACAACGCUGCCUUCAUGUACCCUCCCAACCCCUGGAAACAGAUCUCCAGUGAUGCGACCGACUUAAUCAACAACCUGCUGCAGGUUAAGAUGAGGAAACGCUACAGCGUGGACAAAAGUCUCAGCCAUGUGUACUUACAGGACUAUCAGACAUGGUUGGACCUGCGGGAGCUGGAGACUAAACUCGGCGGCCGUUACAUCACCCAUGAGAGUGAUGACAGCCGCUGGCAAGCAUUUGCCCGUGAACAUACUCUGCCUUACCCCGCUCACCUUGUGCCUCCUCCUCCUGCACCGGCCUCUGAUGAUGAGGAGGGUAGGGAGGAUGCAGAUGUGCAAGGCCUCACUGAGAGGGUCAGCAUCCUCUGACCAGAGAGAGAUGGAGGACUCGAGCUCACUUACGAAGGAGGAAAGAAGUAGGGAGAGUGAGGGAGGAUUGGGAUGGUCGACUAAAGCCUGAAAGAGACAAAUAGUUGUAUGGGUCGGAUAAAAAUAGCCUCCAGCUGUUGAGACUUCCACAGCACAUUUGUUGACAGUUUUACAGCAAUAAAUCCAGUUUCUCUUCUCCAGCCUGAAGUCAUCAAAACUUCCCUCUGGGUAUUUACCUCUGCCGUUAUUGGUCCUCUUUCAUCUGUUUUGAUGACUCUUUCAUGAUGAAGACAGCUUGACUGUGCGGCUGACCUGGGGAGUUUUUACAGAUGAAAUUAGAGUGAAACUUUAAAUCAUAAUUUGUCACACAGAGAGGCAUGUUCUUUUCCUCCCACUGCAAGAUGCCCUGAAGUGUGGCAAGGAAAUGCCACAUCACCACAAGAGAUAAAGAUAAGAAUUUGGUGUCGAUGGUUUUUUUUUAUUGAGGUAUUUUAUUUUUCUAAAGAAAUAGAUUUAAAUAUCAAAAAUGAGACUGCCUCCUAUUAAAAGAGUAGUAACAUUUGUUUCUGGUGUCAUUUAAUGGGACUGACUGGAAGUACAGUCCCUUUUAUGUCUUCGAUAAAGACCGCUUCAAUCUCUUUUGGGUGCUCUACAGUGACAAAGGACUUCCUCUGUGCUGGUAAUUACUAAUGUGCAGACGUAGAGUCAAACCCAUCAACAUUCACAAAUGCAUCCCCAUAAAUGCACAUCUUGUAGUGAGAACUGGAGGUAUUGAUCUAGUGACAGCAAUUACUCCGGUAAUUACCACUAGUUUUGAGCCACAAUAGACUCUUAGAAAAUAUAUGUGAUUAAAGAUGUCUUUGCGGGUUUGAAUGAACUCCAGUAUUGGGCUGUUCAUUACCUGACUUGCCAGUUCUCACCCAUCUCUAAAGUAAAACAGCUUUGUAUUUAAAAUGGUGAAAAAUAUGUCCUUACAGUUAUGUGUACAUAGGAUUCAAAUACUGCCAAUGAAGGCAGAACUUUUACACCUGAGCAGGUAAACGGACACCUCUCAACCAUCACAGCUCCUUGUUUACUGUUGUUAAGAGAAGCAGACCUCUUCCUGUGAUCUAAGUACAUAGAGAGACAGCUUGGGUUACUAAACUAGGUUUUGGAGAGUGCAUGUAGUUUGAUUAUUGACAACCUGUCAUGUCAAUAUGUUGCAUUUUUCUGUGAAGUAGUAGAGUUAUCUAAUACAAUAUAAAACAUACUGUAGUUAUGAUGGUCUAUUAUACAUGUGUAACCUGAAGUUUAUGUAGUUGUCAAAAAAUAUGCCUCAACUGUGUAUAACAUGUUUGAAGGAUUAUCCCAGCCUUGGUAACGGAUAAUACAAACUUUGAACAAU